AUUACGAUGGUAGGAUGGAGGUAGGAAGGUUCUGCCUCCCUUGCAGCAGAUAAAGAAUUUAUGAUACUUGCAUCACUGAGCAACGCCGUUGGCAGCUCAUGUAUGAUAAGGCUGACAAAGAUGUGUAAAGUUGUAUAAAAUAUUAUACAUUUGAACUUACUUUCAUGGAAUACCACAACUUGUCAUUUUAUCAUUUAAAAGAACACAGGUUGUGAAGCAAGAUUUUGUUCUACAAAAGCUACAAUAUACGUAUUUUUAAAGACAAGUCUUUAGCACACAGAAAGAAUCAUGAAAAAAGUGAAAUGAAUAGUUGUUCUCACUUCCCACAUUUUUUUUGAGGUAUACUUCAGCUAUAGGGAGGGGAAAUGCCAUCAACGCCAUAAAAGGGUAGUCUGACCAAAUCAUUCUUAAGAACAGCAUACAAAGGGGAAACAGUUACAUAUGAAAUGUGUGGCAAAUACAAACACAACAGGGAAGAUUUCAUGAACUACAAUUACGAAACCAAGGAUAUCCCGCUGUCUAACAAAAUGCCCUUCAAUCAUGCAAUGUGAAGAAAUUACUGGAGGAAAAAGUUUGCACUAGAAAAAUAAUAAAUACAAGAACAAGACUUCCUGAACUUCCUGGAGAUACACUAGCUAUGGCAACAAUCUCAGCAAGAUCACAUCAAGCUAACAAUACAACCUGUGAUCUAUAUGAACACAAAGAUUCAGCACGUAUAUUUUUACCUGCAUUAUACAGUAUUAUUUUCAUAAUUGGAAUACUUGGAAAUGGACUUGCACUCAUGGUGAUAAUUAAAAACAGAAAGAAGUUGAAUUCUACCACUAUUUACUCAACAAACCUUGUUGUGUCAGACAUUCUUUUUACUACAGCUUUACCUGCAAGAAUAGCAUACUAUGCAAUGGGUUUUCAUUGGCCAUUUGGAGAAGUGUUGUGUAAGCUCACAGCUCUUGUCUUUUACAUAAACAUUUAUGCAGCUGUGAAUUUUAUGACAUGUUUGAGUGUUGACAGGUUUGUAGCUGUGGUCCACCCUAUACGAACCAAGAUCAGAAGAGUCAGAUGUGCCACAUACAUUAGCUGUUUUGUGUGGUUUUUUGUACUUGGCCAAACUCUCCCGUUACUUACUUAUGAGAUGUCAAAUAAAGAAGAAAGUAAGACAACGUGCAUGGAAUAUCCAAACUUUGACAAAAUGAUCAAACAUCUUCCUUGGAUCCUCCUUGGUGCCUGCUUACUUGGAUAUAUAAUUCCUCUUGGGGUUACACUAAUCUGUUACUCUAAAAUUAGCUUCAAACUUUGCCAAACUGCAAAAGAAAAUCCUCUAGCUGAAAAAUCAGGAACAAACAAAAAGGCGAUUAAUACUAUUAUUUUUAUCAUUGUUGUCUUUGUCAUCUGUCUCACACCAUACCAUCUUGCCAUUAUUGUGCAAAUGAUCAAGAAACUUGUGCUUCCUAUUAUUCCAUGCAGUCAUCAACAACUCUUCCAGAAGACUCUCCAUUACACUGUAUUCCUGAUGAAUUUAAACUGCUGUUUUGAUCCUUUCAUCUAUUUCUUUGCAUGUAGAGGAUACAAAAGGACAAUAAUGAAAAUACUGAGACGUCAAGGAAGUAUUUCAGUAUCAAGUGCUGUCAAAACAGCAGCUGAUGAAAGCUCCCGUGACAUUGGAAGCACACAGCUGUCUCCCCUUCCAAGACAGUGAAAGCACAAUAAAGUGCACAUGCUAUCUGAAGCAUACAUCCAGUAUCUUGAGUUCAGAAAAUGCUGAUAUUGGCAAAAGCCCCUCCAAGAAACCAAUAUUCUAGGUUUGGAGGGUGAUGUGGUACAUGCCACAGCAGCCACAGCAAGAAAACCAACAACUAACAUUUACUUUCAUGUUGUAUGUUUCCCCAUAAUGUUUUUAUCAUGGAGCAUAACAGUGUCCUGUAUAUUUCUGUAUUUCAUUCUUCAUAAACCAACAAGAGAUAUGAAUCACUUUAUGAACUAGUUUUCUACCAAAAAGAUAAAUUAGUAUUAGACUGAAUGUCUCCACACACUCUUGACUCCUGUGGCUGGCACCAUAGCAACUGAGAGAUGUAAAAUGAGGUAUAGCAAAGGAAAUAUUUGAUAAUAUUUACUUUUUCAUAGGCAGCAAAUGAUAUGAAAUCAUAUAAUUGGGAAAAUAAAGGGUUUUCAGGAGAAAGUAUCUUGACUGUUUUAUGUCACUUUCAAAAUAUUAUCAAGGAGCAACAGCUAAGUAACUUAUUCCAAACUGGUGCUGCUUUCUUUUCCAUGCACAGUCCAUUUAGGAUCAUAAAUGUUUAUCGGUAUGUAUUAUUGAUAGCCCCUGGGCUAAUCCCAUUAAAUAGUGUUUCCCACUGGGCAAACUAAGAACAACCACCACUAAUCCUAUCUUCUGUGCUAAUGGUGCCUUUUCUGAAGGUGGGGGUGGCAACUGUCCAGUCUGCCCAUAUGAUUCCUCAACAAUCACAUAGUUCCCAUAAGAAUAUGUUUUAUACAUAUCCAAGAACAUGUGUUACACUAAGAGCUCAAACAGACAACAAUCAAUGAAAACAGGAGAUUCUAAAGCCAGGAUAUCACUCAGAAGGGGACUUUUUUGUUGUUGUAUGGGAAGUCAGUCCAAGCAAAAAGGGAAAAAAGACCCCUACUCAGUUAGUAUCCAAAAAUAAUACAAAGAUAAAAUGAUAAUAAACAAAAGGGAGAGGUGGGUGUGUUCUUACACAUGUUCAGCAACAUCUGCACCCAGAAGUUCUUUGUUGUAAUUUGUAUUUACUUUACAUACUGGUUGUUGUUUUUUUCAAUUGGUUUGUUCCUUUGUAUCCUGAUCCUGGACCAUUUUUUGUAUGCUUCUUGUACGUACAUGCUUUCAUCUCUCAGCAUUAGAAAGCUAUUUCUUGGAUCAGGAUGAAAUCUUUUGUUUGGUUUUUGAUCUUAAAUAUGUAUACAGUAAAGACAGUUGUGUUUCGGCAGCAACAAAACCAAAAUAACUUUGCUGGGAUAAGAAAAAGCAUAUGAAAUGCUAAAAACUGAACAAAUAUGCAAAGAAAAAAGUUACCUCUUUCACUAAAUAACAGAAUACCAAGUACAAAACUCAGACUUCGAAAAAUCAGUUUAAAAUUAUCUCUUCAAAAAGGUUUUUUUAAAAAAAGAAUAAUAUUUGAGGCAAUGCCUAUUACAUAAGAUUUAUCCAUACAGAUGAGAAUUACUGUGGUAUGAGGUAGUUCAAAGUUUUACAAGGCACUAGCGUUCUAGGCAGGAAUCCCAGCAGCAGGAAAAACGGGAAAUGGGGUUUGGAUGGCAAAGGCGAUCUAUAAUAUUUUUAGAGACAAAUCAAAUGAAAAUUGGCUCGUAGGUUUCAUUACAGUUCUCGUAUUUCCUGAUGCUAUAAAUGGGUGUGGAGCAGGACCUAAAAACAGUUAUUCUGUAACAGACAACGAAUAUGGGCAGCUGUUCAUGCAGGUGUGCAACAGUGGCAGAGUUCAAACUAGUAGAAGAACAGGAGCCAAUGCUCUUACCAGUUCCUGUGCAGUUUCUUCCCAUUUAAAGACAAUGUACAGACAACUACAAUGGGUUAGAAAUAUUUCUAUGUUUAGCCUACUACCUGGUAAAAUAAAGAGGUAUUCAAAAGCAGCCUACUGCUUAGCCUUUUGCCUGUUUUUAGGAUUGAAACUCCCAAGUCAAGAAGGGUUUUGCUGUUUCUCUGGAAAAAAAAUGUAGUAGUAAUUGACUUCUCUUCUUUAGACCAAUAUACAGAUACAUCAAUCAAUUAAAACAACCUAUUGGCAAAAUCCAAUGAAUGUAAUUUUUAACUUGUUUAUGCUCCUACGCUUUUCCUGAACAUGAAGAAGUUAGGUCAAGAAAAGGGGUAAGUCAUCAGUCAAGUGUCCAAGUCUAUGUGCUUUUUCAA